GGCGCCAGCCAUGAAGCUCCUGGCCUGCGUUCCCGCCAUAAACCCUCUCCCGCCAAAAUGUGCCAUUACCCGCCAAACGCCCUCUACAUAGCUAUCCUUCUCCCGGUCCCUUCUUCUCUGCGAAACCCUAGCCUGUGUCCCUUCCCCUCUACCGAUUUUGCCCAGAAUCAUCGCCUUCGUAAUCAAACCCUCGCGAUACAGUCACGUUUAGUGCUGGCUGGGAAGGCAACGGCGGGAUCGCGGCCUGCUCCUACCCGAAGCCGUUGAAUACCUAGCACCAUCUGGUUUCUCAGGCGAUAUGGAGAAGAAGAAGAUGACGCUAGCUUCUCCGCUCCGGAACAGGGUUUCAUCGGCAGAUGCAUCUGGGUCAGAGGAGAUCCCCACGCCGGAGAAGCCGGCAGAGCUUCCUCGGCGUGCCAGCAAACGGAGCUUGUCGUUUUCGGUCAGCGACGUGCGGAGGGUUGCCAUGGGGUUGCGGAUGACCAGAAAUCAAUCCGCGAAUCGAUCGGAUCUUCUCAGAUCUGCUGGCGAGCUGCGGCAGAAAUCUCAAUCAUGCUGUGAUUUGGGGGUCAUGUCCUCAGCUGCUACAGACACAGCGAAGCUAUCGGAAAAUUAUGAGAUGCUGGCAGAGUUCUUCAAUUGCCUGGACAGCUCAAUCCGAUUACUUCGGCUAAAAGGAGCAUUGCCCACAUUUACCAAUAUCAGUGCUAGCAUACAACAUUUGGCAGAGAGGAGAUUUAGUUAUAAACAUUUAGCUCAAAUGAAACAUAUCCUACCUGAAGCAAUUUCAAUUAAAAAGGUGCUUUUGCGUGAUGAAGCUACCUGCUGCAUGAAGCCAGAACUUCAAGUUUCCUUGCAACCAGAUGCAGUGGAAAUCAACCUGGAACUAAAAGGAGAGUGCUCAUAUUCAGCCUUAAGAAAACUUUUCAGAGCGAGGCUUGUCCAGUUUGCUAGAGAACAUUCAAAGGAAGCUGAAAUUCCAGAAGAGACAUUGCCACAUCCUUUUGGUCACAUGAAAUCAAGCAUGUCGACUGAAACCAAUAAAUUAGGCCCUUCUAUGCCAACCGGAUCAUUGCCUGUUGCCCAUCCUGCUGAAACUUUAACUAAAGUUUCACACUUUUCUCCAACUUUCCAGAGGAGAUUUUCAGCAAGAACUUCAUGUUCUGAUAAAAUCAGAACUCCUCUUGCUUCUUCAAAUGACACUGCCACUAAUGUUGAUUCAUUAGUCUUUAGUUUUCCAUCGCCUGUUAAAUUUUCUUCAAUGCCUCCAAUCCACAAAAGCUCACUGUUUUCUUCUCCUGGUAGAAGACACUUGGUGUCGAAUCUUCAGCAAACUGAAGAGGAUUCAAAAAUGCUGACCAGUGCCCACAGCAGCAUUCCAAGUGAAAUAUUAUCUCUAGAAUCCACUCCAGUUAAGGAUGUUCUAUCUUCUACUAGGCUAAUGAUGACAACUACACCAGAACUUCACACACCAAAGAGAAGUCUUAAAUCCACAAUCGAUGAUACUCCACAAAAGCCGCAUGUGAAACGGGCUCGGACCAAAUUAUUUCCUACUCCGAGAAAGAAUUCGAAGUUAGACGUUGCAGAAAAUUUUUCUGAAAAUUCACCAGCAGAAGAUGAUGUUAUUGGUUUUCUUCCCGAAUCACUUCUACAAGAUAUAAGGGAGAAGGAAAAAACAGUGAUGGAGGAACUUGAGGCCAAUGUAGCUGAGGCAAGGCUGCGGAGGAAGAUGAUUGCAAGUUUGCCCAAACUUUUUGACUUUAUACUCCUGAUAUUUCAGUCAGGGAAUAGAUCUGUGAUUACUAAGCAAGAGCUUGUUCACAAGAUUCUUUCAUGUAAUUGCAGUGUAGUUGAUAGAAAUGAAGUUGAAGAGCAGUUGAAGUUAAUUGAAGAAUUGGUCCCAGACUGGAUUUUGAGAAAGGAGGCAACUUCAGGGGACAUCAUCUAUCGUGUGAAUAAGAUGUCAAGCUCGCAAGAGAUUCGGCAGAGGCUUGCAGCAGCUGAGUAAAAGAGUACUAAAUUGUACAUUUUGCUGAUUCUGAGUGCUUACUCUGAUGUUAAGGUUGCUCUGCUAGCUUGGAAUGGAGAGCUGGAACUUUUUUCUAUAGAUUAUCAUUGGUGAUGCAGUGGUCGCAACAAAGCUGAUGAUAUAGUGUAUUUAUUUUGGCGCAAGGUAUGGAGAAAGCUGUCUCUCAUGUAGCAUGUGCCACAGUGCUAGUAAUAUAGGCCUUGUAUCAACGCAGCUCAUCCCUGACCCUUGGUUGGAGGCAGCUCGAGCUGCACGAGUAUUUUUGUCUUGACUUUCAAUGUAUCCACAAAAAAGGGGGCUAUUUACUUUUGGAAAUUUCCUCCAAUCAGCAAAAGCUUUUCGAUUCUAUAUUUUCCUCGCUGGCAAUAUUGUAAUGGAAAGGUGCAUUAAUUUAGAUUAAAAAGAUAGUCUUGGCGAUUAAGAGCUAUGUAGACUGCUCAUAAUAACUUAAUGGUCACAAAGGUAGUGUGAAGAGUGAUCACAUGUCAUCUAUCUUGUUUAAGAUAGCUGUGUAUUAACAUUGAGAUGGAAGAGUUAAUGUGGUCACAUGAUAACUUCCACCAAUAAAUAGG